CUCAGUAAGUCAAACCGAGUAGUACACUACCCAGUAGGGAACAACCACUUACACCUUGCCUUCUGUAGAAAUGGAAGUCAAGACCCCCGUCGUCCUCGUUCCCUCCAUGGCCCCUCGCUGCUGCCAGUGCAAGACCAUGCUCGUCAUCAGCAACUCCUGCUGCCACUGCGCCCACCACCAGUGCUCCUCCUGCGUCUAAACUCCAUCACAUCCACUCUUUUCGAGCACAUUCACUGGGCCGAUCCAAGCGAGGGACAUACAUCCAUCCCAUCGGCAUGA